UGAUGCAGAUUCAGCCGAGCACUGCUAAGCUGACCCCCAAGCGAAAACGGCUUUUGGAAGCUGUUGCCCCCCAAGCUCGUGCCAAAACGAGGAAAAUUCUGGUCAGAAAGGUCCGGAAAGAAGCCACACCGUCUUCUCCUGUUCCGUCAUCUCCAGUCGUCGCCCAGCCUGCCGUUGUAGAAGUCUCCAGCGGGGAGGAGCCCCCAUGCCAGAAAGGUUCAUCUUCAGAGGCGCCAGAGGACGUGAAUGCGCCUAUCAAGGUCCUGAUUGCUCUCCGUGAUCCGGGCGCAACAACCUUGGAGGAUCCUUCUGCGUCAGCUGUUGCCUCACCAAGCCUGCAGGCGCCGAUCGUGACUCCAUCCUCCGCUGGCCCCUGUUUGGAAAGACCCUCUACCGCUUCGGCCACUGCCAAUCCCCCUGCACGAGAGGCGGCCUCUGCUGCUAUCGUUCGUCCUUCGGCAAGGGUGCACCCCCGGGAGCCGAUCGUCCCUUCGUUGGCCAUCGCUACUUCCUUCUCAGGACAAAACCUAGAUCUUUCAGAACUCCUUGCGUUUGAUCCUGCCACGAUUGGGUCGACCAUAUUGGAAGCCGAUGGCUCUUCCUCGGGUCUGACCAGCACUGCCGAUCGGCUCCUCCGCCUCCUGCGCACCUGCCCCUGCGUUCGUCCCCUCCACCUGCGCCUGGAGCUCCCGCAGUGGCCGGCCUCCUCCGCCCGCCUCGAGCUCCGGAGCCGACCAGCCGCCUCCGCCCGCGAUCCGAGCACCCGCCGGCCAGUAGGGGCUCGGCACUUCGGCAGCAGGGCAGCUGGGGCGGCGGCGGGGGCGCGGCAGCAGGGGCAGCAGGGUGGGCGGGGCUGA